UAAUGAGUGCACAAAAUUAUUAGCCGCGCACAGUAAACUCUAUUAUUUUGCUUUUUGUUUGUAGGCGCUUCAUUUGGCAUUGCUUAUCUUGGGAAUUUCUUUGCGGAUUAACGGCAUGCCAAAUUCAGAUAAAUUACUAGGGCGCCGGGAAUAUUCUUGAAUGCAACAGCUGCGCUGCGGCUGCGGCGUCAGUAAAAAAUAGCACAAAAACGUGUCUGACUGUGUUAGCGCCACGAAUUGCAAAUUCUUGCGGGCGAUAUAAUUAAAGCUGCGAUCACUUCUUGCAUACGGUUUUUGUUGUAGCACCUUUCCUUCCGCUCAGCGUUCAGCGUUCAGAGCUCGGGGUACAUGUGCUAUGUAAUUUUGCCAACGCUUGCAUAAAUAUCUUAUACUACAUUUUUGCUUUGCUGCAAUGCGAAGCCCUCGUCCGCGCAGUGACGCGCGGCAAUGUGCGUCGUUGAAUGGGUUGGCUUGCGACCCAAACGUAAUCACGAUCGUCUGGCUGACGUAGGAGAUUCGAUUUAUUACAAUGCGCACGCAUACAAACGCGCCCGCGUUCAUACAUUUUACAUGCCUCGGCAUACCUUUACCUAUUGCAGAUACACAGCCGAAAUGUGCGCGCGCGCUUGAGUGUGUGUGCAUGGCAAAUGUUUGACGAUCUCUUUUGGUUACUAUCUGCUUGGCCGUCAGCUAAGCGCAUACGGUGUGUAUGUGCAUGUGCGCCUCUAAAUUGCAAGCAAUGUCUGCAUACUUGAUAUUUCAAUGUUUGGGCCAAGCGCUCACGCUCAGCGCGCUUUGCUUUGUAAGCUGAUGCAAUUUCAUUAGUGAUUUCAUGACGAAAGGUAAUCGCUCUCUGUCUACAUAGUGCAAGCUUGUAUAUUUUUUGCAUAAACAUACACAUUCACGUGUGCACAAAAAAGUGUAGAAGGCAAUUUAUGAGCACAUACAUACAUACAAACAUACUUAACCACUUACAUGGCGGCAUACUUACACUCAAACACAUAUACAUAUAGAGUUUUUAGUGAGCAAAUUGUGAAUGUCUCAAGUAGCCGGUGGGCCGAGCGUCAAAGGGCGGUUGCGCGGUGUGACGGGUGUAGCGUUCGCCCAAUUGCUUCGUAGCUGUAAGCGCCGCGAUUGCUUUGAUCACUUACUAGUGACGCGGCGCUGCUAGUGCUGGUGCUGCUGCUGCCGCUGCCGCCGCCAGAGCGUUUCGUAGUUUAUUAAUAAAUCUAGUGCGCUCGUUAGGCUGUCACUUCAUUCAUCAAAUGUGUCGCAAGGUGGCAAGACGCGUGUCGCGGCGGUGUCUACUUAAAAAGCUAUAAAUCACACAAACGUAACGCGUUCGAAAGGGUUACUAAAUAUAUGGCAACAAAUUGCAAGUGUUUGGAGGAAGUUAACUCUAAAGUAUUUCAAGUACCAAAAAUGCAGAUAAGCUUGUAGCUUCUUGAAAAAAAAGAACAAGUGCACUCAGGCGCAAUUUCAUGACACAUUCGAAUAUUUUCAAAGCCCACAAAGUGAAAAAUCCCAGUGCCUAUAAUUUUUUCCAAAUGAAUUUGCUUUAAUAAAAAGUGUUAAAAAUAUAAAAAACAACAAAAGCAACAACUUAAAACAAAGCUAUAGUGUAAACCACCUCUAUGUUUUUAAAACAACAACGGACUAAAGUGGGGUUUUUAAUGUUACCAAAAAGAUAGUAAAUCAGUGAACAUACAACAACACAACAUAUAUUUGCAUAGCUAACAAAACAAGUGAAUAUUAACGGUAAAUAAGUAAUUUAAACGCCGUCAACUUCAAACACCAAAGUAAACGCCAACAACGCACACCGUCCAAACUACUAAGCACAGCCAUGGCCAAGUGUUUUAUCCUAUUCAUACUGAUCGCCUUCGUCGUGCUCGAUCACAGCAUCAUCUAUGGACGUUACCACAGUGACACAUACGGUACGAGCGACUCUGACAGCCGGCAAGCGAUUGCACAUCACAUGCGUCCAACACAACACCACAAUCACCGGCAACUACUGCCGGCGCACACAUUGCCACAUACAGGCAAACGUACGCUGCAUGUGAAGAACAAUCGACCGCGUGUUGCUAAGUCGCGACGCAUACGACAGUCGUCGUGGCAAGAGAAUGUGCCGCCAGAUACUAUAAGUAGCGCAGAGCAGCGUGCGGAACGCGAAGAAGCCGAAGCGGCGCUGCGACGUUACGUGCACAUACAACGCCACAUGGCGCAUCAGCAGGAGCAUCUGCUGCAUCACCAAGAAGAAUACGGACGUAACCAAAAGCAUAGGGCGACGCAAACACAAGAGUGGCGAACCGAAGAACAGCAACAGCAACGCGAUGUGCCGCUGUAUCCAUUUAAUAUGCGCAUGCCGCGUAUUUGGCAGCACUUAGGCGGCACCGCGGAUGUAAUGCUCGGCGAUGCGCCGAGCUAUGACAGCGUAGAGACACAACGUGUCGAUGUGUCACUGCCGCUGACGGAGACCACUAGCGAUUCUGAUGAGCUGGAUGAUUUUUUGGCGCCCACUGUGGAAGCAGAGCAGAGCAAUUCGCUGGAAUCGGAGUCGGCGUCGUCGGAAAAGGAGCAAAGCUCGGAGACUGUAAGGCAAGAAGGAAGCAGCGGCAAGACCGAUUGUCCAAAAUGUGAGAGCAGUCGGCGCGUGGAACACAUCAGCGAGGAAGAGCUGACACUGCUGCGCAUCGAGUAUGUGAAACAACAGAUUUUGGAGAAGCUGCGGCUGAAAGAGCGUCCCAAUGUGUCGGCGGUCAGUUUGCCCAAACCUAUUUAUGAGGGCACAACCAUCGAUGAGGAAGAAGAGGACAGCGCUAAAAAUAAGGAAGUCGAUGAUUACUAUGCGCGUACGAGCAAAAAGUUCAUCUUCCUGCAGAGAGAAAAACGCGAAUGUCAGCGUUUGGGCACGAAUUCAUCCAUGUGCUUCUCGUUCAAAAUAGACGAUGCUGAUGCUGAUGGCUUUGAUGUCAAUACCGCUGUGCUCUGGCUCUUCAAGAGUAAAAGCAAACGCACGCAUAGACGAAAAGCCGCGCGUACAAGUGCGCAAACCAUUGUCGUAUCGGAAGUGCAGCAAAACACACACCCGACCUAUUUACCCGUCGUGAAAACCAUCGCCAUACAGGCGAUCGAUGUGCAAGACGAAUGGAUGAAGAUCGAUAUUGAAUGGCCCAUUAAACGUUGGUUUGGCAAUCACGAUCUCAGCCAUCUCAUACACAUCUCAUGCCGCACUUGCGACAUGGCCGCAAUGGAGGAUAUGAUAUCCGUUGACAAGGAUUAUCGGCCCUUCAUAAUGGUCGAUACGCGUAAUCGGCGGCGCGCUUCACGCCAGAAACGUGGCAUCAAUUGCACCGACGGUGUGACGGAGUGCUGCCGUGAGAAGCUCUACAUCUCAUUCGAUGAGAUCGGUUGGGGUGAUUGGAUCAUUCAACCGCGCGGCUAUGAUGCCUACUUCUGUCGCGGCACCUGCGGCAGCGUAGCCAGUGUGGCACAGUCGGCGACGCAUCACAGCGCCUUCCUGCAGAAAAUUGCAUUGUCGCGACGCAACAACCGUGACAGCAAACCGCUUGAGCUGGUACCUUGCUGCACCGCCAAACAGUAUUCUCCGCUGAAGCUCGUCUUUAUGGAUAGCAAUAAUACUGCGACACAGAAAACCUUUCCGAAUAUGGUUAUUGAGUCGUGCGGCUGUCGGUAGUCGUAUCGUUGCGUCGCUCGCGACGCCAGCUGAAUGCAUACUGUAUUAUCGCGUUAGUUUGUAAGCUUAUUUGUCUCAAAUGUCUCGCAUUAAUUUGAAAAUCCAUAAACAUUGCAUGCAUGACCGUUUUGUAAUUAUAAGUCUCAUUCAGUUAUCUUUAAGUAAACAUUUGUUUUUCCAUCCAACCAAUUUAGCAUUAUCGUUGUUAAACCGUUUAGUUUUUUUGUUGCAAAUGCUCAUUGAACUUAAAUCGCUGCCAUAAAAUAAUUAAUUUAUAUCUAGGCUUAAUUGAUUUUAACAUUUUCUGCUGUUUUUUAUAAGAACUGCUCAGUACUUAAGCUCUCGAAGAGAUAUUAGUUACUAUAACUGUUAAGAUUUUGUAUUAAUUAGAGUUUUACCAAAAAUAAUUUAAGUAGUUACGUUUUGGAAUUGUAAACAUUUAGUUCAAUUUCUAGUUAAUUAAUAUUUUUUAAGGCUUAGUUGUUAUAUUGGGAAGCUCGAGCGCCAUUAGCAUAUUUAACAAAUAUAGAAUUAAAACUAACUUUAACUAAAAUAAGCUAAAAUGAAAAAAUAAAAUCCAAAAAUGUACUUUGUAAACACUGUAAGAUAAACACUCUUUUUCU